CUGGCGUACGCACACUCGGGAUGUCGGCCAACCCGGGUCAUCCACCGCAAGGAAGACGCCGCCAAUCCACGCACCCGGACUCGGCAUCUGCCCCAGGGGAUCCUGCAUCCCAUCGAUGUAAUCGGACUGGCGGUGGUUGGCACGGGGGUCUUUUUCUACGCCGCCUCGCAGCUCAAUACUUUGACGCUGAUUCUGGCCCCAGUGGCAGCAGUGUAUGUGGUCUUUUAUUCCUUCACCAAGUACAUCACCUGGGCCUGCCACCUGUUCCUAGGCCUUGCCUUGGCAAUCUCCCCGUCAGCAGCCUGGAUCGCGGUUACCGGUCGUCUCGAUCCGGAACCCAUGCUGCUCACCUUCGCCGUAACCAUGUGGGCUGGAGGGUUCGACGUCAUUUACGGAAUCGCCGACCAUGACUUUGACAAGCAGUACGGGACCAAUUCCUUCGCCAAGCGAUUUGGAAUAGGCGCAGCUAUCUGGACAACUCGGACGAUGCACCUGCUUGCCGCCGCCGCUCUGCUGGUCUUGGGCGUAUGGAUGGGCCUGGGGUUUUAUUACUUCAUCGGAUGGGCGAUAGCCAUUGUCCUGCUGGCCCUGGAAAACAGCUUGGUCAAAGCAGACGAUCUGUCGAAGCUGCGUUCGCCGUUGUUCCAGUACAACAGCGUGAUUUCAAUGUCGCUGCUGGUGUUCACCAUCCUGGCGGUGAAGCUCUGA